GCAUGCGUUGGAACCAACACAGCUUCCGCCGCCCCGCCACUGGGUCCCGUCUCCUUCGCCACCGCAGCCACCGUCUCCGUCGUCGGGUCUUGAUGUGGGAGCGUUGUAAUGUCGGUGCACCGGGGACCCUCGUCGAAAUGGCUCUUUUCCCGGGAGCAGCUCGAAAGCACCCCGUCCCGACGAUGCGGAGUCGAGUCCGACCGGGAGCUCUCCUACCGGCAGCAGGCCGCUAACCUCAUCCAAGACAUGGGCCAGAGACUCAACGUCUCCCAGUUGAUCAUCAACACUGCGAUCGUGUACAUGCAUAGGUUUUAUAUGAUCCAUUCGUUCACGAAGUUCCACAGAAAUAUCAUCUCUCAGACCACGUUGUUCCUCGCUGCUAAAGUCGAGGAGCAGCCCAGGAAACUUGAACAUGUCAUUAAAGUAGCACAUGCGUGCGUGAACCCCCAGGACCCCCCGCUGGACACUAAGGGCAAUGCCUAUCACCAGCAAGCCCAGGAGCUUGUGUUGCUAGAAACUAUAGUGCUGCAAACACUGGGUUUUGAAAUAACAGUUGAACAUCCACACACAGAUGUUGUGAGGUGUUCCCAGCUAGUGCGAGCAAGCAAGGAUUUGGCUCAGACUUCCUAUUUCAUGGCUACCAACAGCUUGCACCUCACCACCUUCUGCCUCCAGCACAAGCCCACGGUGAUCGCGUGCGUGUGCAUACACCUGGCAUGCAAGUGGUCCAACUGGGAGAUCCCAGUGUCCAUGGACGGGAAGCACUGGUGGGAGUACCUGGACCGAACCGUGACGCUACAGCUGCUUGAUGAGCUGACUCAUGAGUUCCUUCAGAUCUUGGAGAAGACGCCCAGCAGGCUGAAGAGAAUACGUAACUGGAGGGCCACGCAAGCUGCCAAGAAGCCAAAGACGGAGGGCGGCUCGGUGGAGAGUGCCUUCCUUGGGACGUCGUCGCUGGACAGCCUGUCAGCAGUCGCCGGCUCCUUCUUCCCCUCGACCUCCUCCUCGGACCCCUGCGACAUGACCUCCCUGGAUGCCAUGGGAGGGCCUUUUGGCCCCUAUCAGCCCCUGGACGACCCGCCCAAGGCCUGUGGUUACGAGCCCUUCCCCUCAGACUACAAGCAUGAACACAAGGCAGGGGCCCCGGUCGGAGGUGCCCCCGUGGCGGGGCCCGGCGGCUCCUCCGGGGGGAAGAACCCCCCGCUGGCCGUCAACCCGCCGCCCUUCGCCCGCCCCCAGAAGGUCCUGACUCUGGACAAGUACCGCGAAAAGCACGCGGCUGCCGAGCUGGCCAUGCAGAAUGGGCGCACGGAGGAGCCGGGCGCCGACCAGUACCCCCCGCCCCCCGCUCACUCCUCACACCACCACAAAAAACGCUCUCUGCCACAGGGCUCAGCGCAGGCGGGUGAGGGCAGGCGGGAGAAGUCCAGCUCCAAGAAGUCCCGCUUAGCCCCAGGGCCUCCUCCGUCGUCGUCUGCCUUUGCUGAGAACGGUGUGGGCAGCAGCGGCGAGGAGCUCAAGAUGCGCAUCAAGGUGUCAUCAGAGCGGCACAUGCUGUCUGAGCCGGGCGCCGCUGCCGUCGUGCCCGCACCGGUCAAGGACAAGCACAAGGACCACUCUGGCCACCGCCAACCCAAACAUGGCUCGCACUCCCAUGCCUACUCCCUGGGAGCAGCGGGCCGGGGGGGUGCUGCAGACGCUCCCGCCUUAACCCUCAGAAACCCCGGCAGUGGGCACGAGGGCGGCUCCUCCGGCUCGUCCCGGAAACGGGCGCACCCGGAGGCAGGCACCCAUGGCAACAACAACAAUCACCAUCACCACCACCACCACCACCACCACUCGAGCAAGAGCGGCCGCAGCUCCAAGGGGGGGUCCCUGGGCCCCGCCCACUACGCAGUGGACGGGGGCCCACGGGCCCCAGGGGGCCACGACGGCUCCAACGGCGUGCUCAAUGCCAACGGCCAGCACACAGACUACAAAGACACCUUUGACAUGCUGGACUCCUUACUAAGUGCCCAGGGGAUGAACUUAUGAGCCCCCCCUCGCCCUUUUCCGUCUUUGUUGGAAAGGGGAUUGGGAGGGGGGGGUCGGCGCAGAGAGCGUCCGGAAUGAUCUGAAACAGAAGAGGUAUUACACACAAACACGCUUUUAAUAGAAUUUUAAAGAAAAAUUAAAGAUUUAUUUCCUGUUUAUUUUUAAGUUAUCUGAAUCUCUAUCAUCAGUCCAAGUCUGCACACUCAUGAGAUGAACCACGUAAAACGCAGUCACGAAAAAAUUGACAAAAUAUAUAUGCAUUAAGCGGUGUCCUACUAGCUGGCAACAAAAAAAAAUAUCUUGACUUGCUUUUUGGGGUUCUGUGAUUGGGUAAAAGAAAACCCUUGAAUUAUGAAUUUUACUGCAAGCCGUCUUAUUUAUGUUUUAAAUGAUGAGCAUGUUUUGGAUCACAAAGGGAAGACGGAGCCGGUGUGUUUCACAGCCAUGUCUGACCGCUCUGCCAUUGACAUUAAUGUAUGUACAUUUUUGUAUGUUUAGACAUUUAUUCAACUUUAAAAAGAAAAAAAACUCAGGUCUUGGAAAAAACGUUUUUGAUAUAAGAAUCUUCCUCUCUCUUGGUUUAAGUACCUUUCUGUGGAGAUGUAUCCUGUUUUAGCUUUUCCUCUUUUUGUUUUUUAAUCGUCGACGGAGUUCGGAAUCAGGCCCAGGCAUUCUGCUCUACUAAGAGCACGUGCGUACGAGGCCGUUUUAACCGUCACAACACAAGUGAACAAGGGUUCUGACCGGAUGGGGUUUCGACCCCUUUUGCCUCUCAAUGCUCCUACCCAGUGUCAGAGCAUAACAAAUAUGGAGUUUGACAUCUUUUCUGCUGUGAAAACGCACCGAAACAAAACCUUGGCUUUAAUACUUAUGAAAAAAAAAGCCUUGUGGUUGUACUUUUGUCAAUCGUAUGAUUAAUGUCUUAUUAACCAACAGAAAAGCAGAAGCAUUCUUCAGAACCAGAUUGUGUACAUAGGACUGUAGUACAGAGUUAAUGAUGUUAGCUUGUCAGUCCCCAAGACUCCUUCCAUUCAGUGUAUUUUGAAGUUUAAUGCAGACUCUGUAUUGGUAAAACAUAUCCUUGGUUUGUGUAUUGGGAGCCCAAAUAAAGGUGAUUUAUACACAACA